CACGUAUCAUCUUUGAUAAUAACCUUUGACCGUCAGACACUUUUCUGUUCUUAUAUAUUCCUUCCACGUACGAAGACAACAUUUUCGCAUCAUGGUUCUUCGGAAACAUGAAUUAGAAGCCAAGCUGAGUGCUGAUAAGCAGCUGGUCAAAAACGGGGUUCUCCGCGAAGACAACCCACUCGAUCUCUCCGAUGAUUUCGAUCAACUCAUUGAGGCCUGCCGCCGCGCUGACCUGAAGCGAGUACAGGAGCUGGUGGUCUCCAAAGGGGUCAAUAUCAAUGCCAAGAACAAAUAUGACUACACGCCGUUGAAUAUUGCAAGUCUGUGUGGUCAUUAUGACCUGGUGCAGUAUCUGCUGGAAUCGGGAGCGCUCUGUGAACGGGAUACGUUCGAAGGAGAAAGGUGCAUUUACAACGCGCUGAAUGACAGAAUACGGAAUUUGCUACGCAAGUAUGACUUUUCAAAGUCGACAGAUCCGCUUCAACCCUGGGCUGCUCAUAUUACAUCCCUACUGUAUCGAACAACACCAAAGACGCACGAUAUAACGAUAGCAGCGCGUGAGUCACUGCAACUUCACAAGUUCUUCCUCGCAGCACGUUCGCCAUAUUUCCGAAAGAAACUUCAAGAUGCUCCAGGAUCGACGUCUUGGAAACUGCCGGAGACAAUCCCAGUGGAGUCUUUCAGCAUCACCAUGAGAUAUCUCUACCUCGAUAACAUGCCGAGGGAGAUCGUGAAACCUUGGAGUACGUGUACAGAAGAGGAAGUCCUCACUGGUGUUGACAAGAUCAGCAAACAAUUAGAGGUCACUAAUCUGUGGGACGCGCUCCUUUCGGGAGACGACCGACGCAUGGCCCGACAAAGGCAUCAGGAUGAGGUAGUACGAGCUGCACAGCAGCUUGGGACAUUCUUCCGAGAGAGAAUACUCGGAGCCAAGAUGAGGGUGGAUGUCAACCGUGUGCAUGAUGUCAAAUGGAGACAUGACAACUCCAUCUUCGCCGAUUGCUUGUUGAGAGCCGACGAGCCAGUCGAUUCAGGCGAAAAUGGCUCGGAGCCGCAGGAACUCUCCCACGGAAUUCCAAUAGGACCAAGUGUGGCGGCGCAAACACCAGAUCAUGACUCCAGACCCAAAAAGGCUGUGUUGUACCCCGUCCACAAGGCAAUGUUGAUACGCAGUGAAUAUUUUGACAGAAUGUUCAAGAGUUCCUUCUUAGAGGCGCAGGACUCAGAGCAUUUGCACAUCAUUACAAUAGAUUGCGAGCCAAAGGUUUUGGAACUCAUUCUGUCUUAUUGCUACACGGAACAUAUGGACAUUCCCCUGGAGCUGGGGUUGGAUCUUCUAUACGCAGCGGAUAUGCUAUUUCUGGACAAAGUGAAAACCAAAGCUGCCGUGGCGAUCAGCACGUUGGGAAAUGGCAACAACAACGUUUUGGUCGACCGGACGCAUACGCGUGAGGGAGAAGGGGAGCCAGCAGAAGCUGAAGCGGAACCCAUCAACGUCUAUGAUGUUAUUCACGCGGCAUGGGAUUUGAAAGUGCAACGGCUCGAGGAGUUUGCCGCGAAGUACCUAGCGAACCGAUUGGAGGAUUACAUUGACGAGGAAGAAUUCGCCGAGCUGAUCGAAGAGAGCGCAAAACGACUCAAGACGAGAGAAGAGACGGACACGAUAGAACUGCUUGACGAUAUACGGCAUUACCUUUCUGAGCGCUUCCGGUUGCGGUUUGAAGCCGCGGGUUUGGAGAAAAUGCUCGAGGAGGAAGAGGAAAUCAAUCGAGCUCUGGCAGAGACCACCCUAAACGGCACAGGCAAUGCAUACGACGAACCCGCUCCAGUCGCCAAUAUUGCCGAGAACAACCCAGAAGAAUCAGGUGGUAUAUCUCCUGUUGAGGAGACAUCAGGGGUAGAAGAGAUAAAGGGUGUCAACGGUGCCGUCCGCACCUUGAACGGGGAGAUUGUCGAGGAUGAGUUUGCGUCUGAUGAGAUCAAUUACCGCAUUCUGCUUAGCAAGAUCGACACUUUGCUAGAGAAGCUGAAUCUUGAUGCAUGAGAGACUUGCAUUAGAAGGGUGGAUGUUUUAGCAAAGUCAGGGUAGAACGCAUGGACGAAGAAAUGAAAUGAAAUGAAAUGUAAUGGGGAACUACUGCU